GGCACAAUAAGUGUCUUUGGUCGAAAUACUAAUUUCAGUUGUACUCGUUGAACUGAUAUCAAUCGCGUGCCAAAUGAUUUUUUGGUACCUUCAAAGUUACAGAUCAGGAUGUCGAAAGCAACCAAACGCAAACAUGUUGUUAAGGAGGUAGCCGUGUUGAGUGUUCCCACAGAAUCACAGUCUGUUGUUCGAAUACUCGAAUCCCGUGGCAACAAUCUUCACGAAGUCGAGGACUCCACUGGGGAUCAGUAUCUUGUGUCAAUGCCGACAAAGUUCAGGAGGAAUAUCUGGGUCAAGAGGGGUGAUUUCGUGCUGGUAGAACCGAUACCGGAGGGGGGCAAGGUCAAAGCAGAGAUUGUCAAGAUAUUAACACGAGAGCAUCAGAGGUGGUACCGAUCUCAGAACUGCUGGCCAAAGGAGUUCGACGAUUCAUCGGGUUCAGAUGAAAAGAAUAAAAAUGACGAAAACAGCGACAGCGAAGAAGACGAUCUUUUUGUAAAUACAAAUAGAUUACCGCCCAAUAGAAUAGAAGAUGUCAGCGAAUCGAGUUCCGACGAUUCUGAUGAUUCUGUGUGAUAUUUUCAUCACGAUAUUGCAAAUAAUAUGUACAUAUCUAUGAAACACCGUACACGCUGAAACAUGUAAUAAAAUAGGUUUCUUACUCGCA